CAGGCAUAUAUGUUUUUUCUUAUUUGGGAUUUCCCCUUUAAUCCAGCUUGCCCUAGCGCAGAUUCGGCAAUCUCCUUCCGCGAGCCUUUGCCUUUCAAUCCUUCCCAAUGGCUCAGACAGCGAGUCGAUCCAAAUUGCGGUGGGGAGAGCUAGAUGAUGACGACGGGGAUCUGGAUUUUCUUCUACCACCCAAGAAAAUUAUCGGGCCAGACGAGAACGGCCUCAAGAAGAUUAUCGAAUAUCAGUUUAACGAAGAUGGUAAUAAGGUCAAGAUCACGACCACCACGCGUACUCGCAAGCUCGCCCAUGCUCGCCUCAGUAAACAUGCCGUAGAGCGCCGAUCUUGGGCAAAGUUCGGUGACGCUGUGCACGAAGACGUCGGCAGUCGCCUCACUAUGGUCUCCACUGAGGAGAUCCUCCUGGAACGCCCUCGUGCUCCUGGUAGCAAACCAGAAGAGCCAAAGGUUGCAGGAGACCCUUUAGCUCAACUUGGAAAAGGUGGUGCUGUUCUUAUGGUCUGUCGGACUUGUGGCAAAAAGGGUGACCACUGGACCUCAAGGUGCCCUUACAAAGAUUUGGCAUCACAAGCCGAGGGAUUGGAUAAGACUGCCGCACCAGAGGCUGCAGCAGCUGCUCCUGGCGCAACAAAGGGAACAUAUGUUCCUCCAGGUAUGAGAGCAGGUGCAGACAGGACUGGAACUGAUAUGAGACGUAGGAACGAUGAAAACUCUGUUCGUGUCACCAACCUUUCAGAGGACACAAGAGAGCCUGACCUGCUCGAGCUUUUCCGACCUUUUGGUGCUGUUAGCCGAGUUUACGUUGCAGUUGAUCAAAAGACUGGUAUGAGCAGAGGAUUUGGUUUCGUGAACUUUGUGAACCGUGAGGAUGCCCAAAGAGCAAUCAACAAACUGAAUGGAUAUGGCUAUGAUAAUCUCAUCCUUAGAGUUGAGUGGGCCACUCCAAGGGCUACUUAGAAUGCCUUAUUUUUGAUGUUUUACUCAGCAUUUUGUUACUUAAUGUCUUCUUAAGAUUCCUUUGCGUUUCAAAAAAUGUUAAAUUAAGAACUUGUUGUACUUGAUAGUCAAAUUUUACCUACUGUUGAAGUAAUUCCAUGUCUGUGAGUUUAUUUAUUUAA